GGCGGAUUGACUUCGUGACGUAAUGUUUUCUUGAUGGACUGUUUAGGUCACAAAUAAAUUCCUUUUCACUUUUAUCAUAAAGUUUUGGUUUUAAUUUGAAAGUUUUGGUGUUUAGCUAGUUUAAUUAGUGUUGUGAAUAUAUCUUUGUGUGUGAGAAAUUAAUUACAAGCUCAUUUAAUACUUGAAGGUGACAAAGGGAAAACAUCAAUUAAACUGAUUGUGCUGCUCCUACUGGAACAAUGGAUUGAAGACGAGAAGAAUUGUACUUGUGUGGUAACUCAACAAUGAGUUAGCCAAUCACAAAUACACGUUUGUUCACUCACACUGGUACCGAACAAGUGGUUCGGUUGGUUCAGUUACAGACUUGGGUUCGGGGUUGCUAAUAUGCUUAUAAAUUAUAAAACUGGUUUUUCAUGACAACUGUGGAAUUUAGUGCACUUGCAGAUUUCUCGCCAUUUGAUAUUCUAUACAUUAAACUGGAAGUGUAAUGAACAAAGCCGGUUGCCUCUUACUCAAUAUUGUUUGGCAUUUUGUGGUUGAUACGCUUAAAAUAGAUAAUUAAGGAUUAUGAAAUAUGUGAUAUUAGUGUUAAUUAUUAAUUGGGCAUAAAAUUUAAAGAAUUCAUUAGCACUUAUUUCUUCUAGUCUGUUACUUCAACUAUUCAAAUUUGCAAAGUUUUAUCCUAGUUAAAGUAAUUGUGUUAGUUCGAGUUUAUUGAAAUUUAUUCGGAAUGAGUGAGGCUGCAAAAUGGGUUUGCGAAUAUUGUACUUACGAAAAUUACCAAUCAGCGCUGAAAUGUACGAUGUGCCGUGGCAGCAAGCCUUUGCUCAAUGAGGACAUUUUCCGCUUGCGAGAAGAAUCACCGACCAGUGGAGAAGAUAUAUUUCGGGCUUCAUCAGGAGUAGGAACAUCGCCGGGAUGUGGACCAUCGCCGCGAGAUGUACGCAGCCAGCGGGACUCGUGGCACUGCGAGGUGUGUGCGCACGUGAACUGGGGGCGGGCUGUUGAGUGUGCAGAAUGUCGGACUGCACGUCCUGUUACACCGGCGGACCUAGCAGAGCAGCUACGUCCGCUGCGUAUUGAGAGCGCGGAGGCCGCCACUCCUGCCAAGUGGGCCUGUCCCACCUGCACGUAUGAUAACUGGCCACGUGCCACACGCUGCGUCAUGUGUGGAACAGCACCUAGAAUCAGUCCCAGCGAGGGAGCUGGCAGCAUCAUAAUUGAAGAUAAUAUGGCCACCAUCAAAAGAUCCACGGUACGGAGGAGUGACGAACCUGUAAGUCCAAACAACCCGGUGCGGUAUCGACAACGAGCAGUUGACCGGUCAUGGCUGGCAGCGUGUCUUGGGGUGGUGCAAGGCGAGCACAGUCCUGUCGAGGCCUUUCUCUCAUCAGGGGGUGAUCCCACACGUCAGCUGACUGCCAGCGAGGUGGCUCUGCUCAAUAGACCCUCUGCCUUUGAUACAGGCCACACACUAGUACACCUAGCGAUCAGAUUUCAUCGAGAGGACCUUCUGGCUACGCUGUUGUCACGUAUCGAAGGUGGAGGCUCGGGCGUGAAACGAGUACCGUCCUACGUUGCUCCUGACCUGGCUGCCGACAUCAGACGCCAUGCUGCUUCUACGCUUCGCCAGCGCAAGGGUACCAUGCCUUGUCCGUACCUUAAUGAGAUGCCCACCUUCACUCUCCCAGCCGAUAUAGAGGAGCUGCCAGGUUCCGUUCAGGAGCAGCUACUGGAGGAGUUGUUAGACAGGGACGCACAGAGACAGCUGGAGGACGAGCCUCCAGUGAUCAACUGGUCGCUGGAGGUAACUGUACACCUGGGCUCACGGCUACAUGCCCUGUGGAAUCGUUCGGCAGGCGACUGUCUACUGGACAGCCUCAUGCAGACUACUUGGGGUGUGUUUGACCGUGACAACCUGCUUCGCAAAGCCCUCUCUGAUACCCUUAACAACUGUGGCCACCUGUUCUACCCAAGGUGGAGGGAGUACGAGUCGUGCCAGGCGCGUCUGCUGCAGUUCUCGCUGGAAGAAACUCAAUGGCAGCAGGACUGGGCAGGGUUGAUGUCUCUAGCUACACAGCCUGGUGCCAGUCUGGAACAGCUGCAUGUGUUUGCCCUCGCACACAUCCUACGUCGACCCAUUAUCGUUUAUGGGGUCAAGUACGUCAAGAGUUUCCGAGGCGAGGACCUUGGUUAUGCGCGCUUUGAAGGUGUGUACCUGCCUCUUCUAUGGGAUCCAGGAUUCUGUACAAAGUCUCCAGUUGCCUUGGGCUACACACGGGGACACUUCUCGGCCCUGGUCCCCAUAGAACCCUACUCGUCCCCAGAGACAGCUGCCAACAAUCUGACAAACCAGGACAGUCUACAGGUCACCUUCCUGCCACUCAUGGACCACAGUCGCAAGCUGCUGCCCGUUCAUUUUGUCACGCAGUCCGAGAUGGGUCGAGAAGAGAGCCUGCUACGUCAAUGGCUGGACGUGGGAAUGACGGAUGGAGGACUGCUGGUGGCUCAACAGAGGCUCAACAAACGACCGCUGCUGGUCGCUCAGAUGCUGGAGGAGUGGCUCAACCAUUACCGUAGAUUAGCGCAAAUGUCACAUGCCCCGUUCAGCCGACCGAUUCCUGUACAGGACUACUCAAGUGACGGUGAUACGGACGAUGAAUAAAUUGUGAUCUGCUCUUUGUACAUUUAUAUAUAUUUAUAUAUAUAUUGAUUAUAAUUUGUAUAAAUUGCAUGAGUGCAGGGUGUUUCGUGUGGAUGAGUUCCUGUAAAUAUUUCCACAGAGUACACUAAGGAUUCUUUAAUUCACAAUCAGUGCUGUAUUUAAUCAUGAAUAAAUUUGUUAUCCAUAUUUUCUUCAGCUUUGACCAAAUUUUAAUUGUAUCAGAGUCAGAGUUAUUCAGUGGCCGGUGGUAGAUAGAUUAUUGUUGUAUUUUGUUAAGACUUUUGGGUUAUUGUUUCUGUCAAUGUAUUUCUGUAAAUUUAAAACUCUUGCAAUUUGGGGUUGUACAAGGUUUAAUUGAAGUAGGAAAUUAGAGGGUGUUUUGAAUUGUGUAAAAGUAAAAUAAAAACUUUUAAGUUCCUUCCAUUUAAUGUUUUAGUGAAAUUUUGAUUUUAUACACCAAUUUUUAUUUGUAGUCGUAGAAUAUUAUAAGGGGUGUGCAAUUUUGUUCCGUUCUUUUUUUUAAGUUAAAAUAAAUUCGGUAUUAUGAACAUUUUUGUUUUCAUUAAUAUUUAUUGUUAUUUUAUAAGCAACUAACUAUACAUUUAGUUUCCAUUUUUUAAAGUCAGUAAUGUUUAUCAAUAGAAUUAAGAACUUUAAAGGAAAUACUUCAAACCAGUAAAUAACUCAAUUGAAUUCAGUUAAAUCUAAUCUUUGAUUAUGUAAUUUUCUGUAAGGAUAUGCCAUCUAAAGCUAAAAUUUCGUGCUGCUCUGAAUAUCUUAAACAGUGAUUAUAAAUGUAUUACACAAUAGUAUUGAAUAUUAAAUUAAAUUCAUUCUAAAUUGUCAUAUUAUUGAUAAACGAAAUGUAAUAUAUAAUUUCAAUUAAUGAAAAUGAGGACAUUUACAUAGAGAUUGAAAAAGGAUAUAUAGAUUUAAAGAAAUAUUGUAGCAAGAUAGUAUGGUUUAUGCAUUGCCACUCAGUAUUUCUGCCACACGAGGACGAGUGGGAGGUCUAUUACUUUGUAGAGUGGAAGGUAAAUAUUUUUUUCAAAUUUUUUUCACAGCUGGUAAAUAGAGUAAAAAUUAUAUAAAAGUAGUAAAUGUGUUUUAAAAGCAAUGUAAAAUUAUAAAAAAAUUAUAAAAAAAAUGCAAUAAUUAUGAAAAAACUAAUCAUAUACUAGAUUAAAAUUGUUAUUCUCUUUAUUGUAGGUGAGUUAUUUAAUUGUUUUCUUAAUUGUUCAACCUUCUGAUGUCUGAUAUUUCAUGUCUUUUCCUAUAUUAAAAACCCAAUAAUUAUAGUUGGUCCGGUUCUGACCCUGAAUUCCAUUCAUACAAUGGUAUAACUUGUAAAAAAUUUAACUUUAAAUAGGUUAUUAAUAAACAUUUUUCUGUUGUAAAAUAUUGGCAAUGAAUGUGUACUGGUCAUUGAUCCGUUCAUAUUUGUAUACUUAUAUGAAUAUGACAAUAACAUAUCUGUUCAUAUUAUUUAUAUAUUUUCUUGAAUGAAAGAUCCCGUUUCAACUGUCUUUGUUUAUUAUAAGCUAGUCAUCAGCCAGGUUUGGUUGAAAGAAUCAGUAUUUUUGUUUAAUUCUUGAGGAAUAAUACUUUAUAUUUCAAGACCAGCUCUUAUAUAAAAAUAUUUAUAAAUAUUACACAUCUUUUAUCUUAUAGUUCUUGCUAUUGAACUGUAUUUUUCGUAAUUUAUACACAUUUUGUAACUUUUUAUAAAUAUUUGAUUUAAUUUAUUCAAAAGUAUUCUUUUAUAUUACACAUUUGUUGUCUCAUUUCUCUUAACUCCACAAUUUACAUUGUUUCUGAAUUUACUUGAUUAUACUAGAAAACAAUUGAGUUUGAAAUGUUUCUAGCUGAAGUCAGUAGCAUACUUCAUUCUUGGUAGAAUUGAUGUAAUAUUGAGUUUGAAAUUUGUACCACAGGAUUAAAAAUAGAAAUUGAUUAAUACAGCAGUUUUGAUUAUCUUUAUUCCAGUAUAUUGGUUAUAAUAGGCAUAUACUGUAAUAUAAUAUAACAUUUUUAAGACAGAUGCAGUAUAUACAGGUUGGGUAGCACAACAAAACUCCUCUAGAAGACUUCAUGUUACACUAAUAAUGUGAAGUAUUAGUAAAAAAAGAAAAAGGUGUUUUCACUAUAUUUUUAUCUGAGAAUAUUUAUUUAUUGUGUUCAGUUCAGUUUAAUUUUGGAAUAGUUCUUGCACACCCUUUCCUAGAAAAGAACAAUUUAGGGUACUUUAAAAAAUUAGUAUAUGGCCAAUUUAUUUAAGAUUCGAGUAGAUACUUUAAUUACUCUUAAGCACUGUAAAAUUAUAAAUUUCAAUAGAAAUCUUAAUUUUUUACUUUGAACAAGCUUUAUUAAGUUAAAUCCUAGAUUAGCUUUAUGUUUAAAAUUUGUUGGUGCUUCUGAAAUAUGUUGUGUAGUAAUAAAGUAAAGUUUGAUACAUUGUAUUUUCAAUACUAACAUUAAAAAAAUAAUGAUUUUGGUUUUAUUCAAGAUAACAGACCAAUAAUUGUGGCGGUUUUGUACAGUCUAUACUAUAAUCAUUUGAAUAAAUCAUUUAUCGUUUUAAAUCAACCAUGUAUUUUGAAUUAUUAUGGUAGAAUGGUUUUUUAUACAAUUUUGUUGUUUACACUUCAGAUGUUUUGUUAUAUUUUCUGGAUUUAUCCUGUUUUUUAUUCCUGUAUACUUACGAUUUUCAUUUGUUAGUUGAACGUUGUGUGUUUGAGCCAUUCUCGGUGAUAGGUGUUAUAAUGAUCCUAGUACAGUACAAAUUUAAAACAAUUAAGUAUAAUAGCUUUUUCUAGUAUUCUUUUGACAAGAUCUUGUAUUUUAUAGGGCUUUAAUUAAUUGUGUUUCUUUUAUAUACCAUAUUUCCUAAAAGUGACAAAGUUUGAUUUUUGUACAAUAUAUGUUUUACUUUCUGUUAUACUAGUUCUGUUAUUUCAAUUGAGCGAUUUUGUGGAUAUUAUGAAUAAGAAUAGUUGUUUGAGCACAACUUUCAACAACACCAAUUUUAUUUAACUAAAGAGAAAUUUUUAUAUUGCGUAGUACAUGAAAAAGUUAAUAUUAAUAACAUAUUUCUGUAAUAGUUAAAACAUGAAUUUAUUAUGAAGUAUUUUACAAAUAUGUAGUUGGAUGAGUUUAUUAAUCUAAAUUCUUACAAAAAAACUUGAUCAAAUAAAUUCUAAAUGUGAUAUAUACAAUUUGUUUGCUGAAGAUCUUUAUAUAAUGAUUUGUUUGAAUACAGAAAACAACACAGUCUGCCUAGUAUAAAAUUAUUUUAUUUAAUUCUUCAUGAAAUCUUUGACCCCCCACCAACUUUCUCUCUUGUUACAAUCUCAUGUAUCAUAUGUUUUAAACAGUGUUUGUUAUAAUACAGAAGACAAAAAUUAUUAAAUUAGUAAGAAAAAAAAUUUGUUUUAUAUGUACAGUGGAAACAGAGCGAUAGGCUGACAUACAAGGCAUGUGUUUUAAGUAAGCAACAAUUUUAUAUACAAAAUAAACAAGUAAACAUAUUUUAACAGUUUUAUUUUUUAUUUAUGAUGACUCAUACUUUUAUCUAAUUUUUACGUAAUUGCCACCAAUAUUAACCCAUUGAGGUAGUAGUUACUUAUGGCUCUGCAGGCCUGGUGGUGGCAAUUAAUUUGAGUGAAAAUGUAAGAGUUUCAUUUCACCAUUAUAACUUUUGUUUGUAGUGGAGCAAUACAAUUUGAAACAUUGUUUAUAAUAAAUUUUCUUCUAUAUUGUUAUACAAGCUGUAUGCCACUACACUUGUCACAUAACAAUCGCUCCAACACCGUUGACAUCAGUGCACUGACAUCCAAGAUUUGAUAAUCCACGUCCACGUGAUCACUGGAUAUAGGGUCUGUAUUAAGAAUGGCUAAAUUAUUCCCAGCCAAAUGUUGCGAUGUGAUCUUGAGUUUGUUUUGCCUCAUGUAGAUAGGCAUUCCCGUGCAAUGAAAGAACCCCUUUUUACUUAUUUUGUAUUGUAAACGUCCAGUAAAAAUAUCAUAAAGAAUAUUUAAAAACGUUUAAGGAAACACCUCUUAUAGUGAAGAAAUCGUGAUGUGUCUGUUCUUUUUCAAUUUUUCACUUUCUGUAAUAAAUCUCUUAAACCAGUGUUUCCCAAAAUGUUUUCACUUAUGGCUCCUUUUAGGUCUGUACUACUUUCCGUGGUGCCCCACCCCUCAGCUCAUCUCAAUAUAGAGUCGUUAAACAAUAACAGUAAAGUAUUGUAACUAUAAUUCACAUAAAAUUCACACCGAUAAAAUAUUUGCCUGUAUGAGAGAGAGAGAGAAUAUUUCAAAAUCUUCAUUCUAAAUCAAAAUUAGAAAUGGUGUCACAUACAGUUACAAAACAUACAGAUACAAAACAAAACAAAAUUUAAAAACAAAUGUAUAACAUUUGUAAACAGCAACAACAAUAUUGUCAAUAAAUUACUAUAACUUUUAAUAAUCUAAGGGAAAAUGUCUGCCCAAUUUAAUUAUGCCUUUUGUUAAUAAGCCAUCAUAAAAAUAUGAAUUAAAAUCUCUGUUUUUAAUAAAUUACCUAAAACUGUACUAUUCAAUAUUACUGAUUUUUAAUGAAAACUAUUAGACUAUUACUAGACUUACAAGACUGAGUAGUACAAGUAAAUGUAUAGAGGGAAGUAAGGAAAGUAAAAAGAGUAAAUUUUUUUAUAUUAUUGUAAUAAUUCAAUAAUUGCUUUAUAAAAAUUAUAGCUAGUCAGAUCAUACCUACUCUAAUUCAUCACAGUUGAUAAUAUUCAUUUAAAGUUUGACGCAAGCCAAUUUGUAGAUGUAAACAGAUUUGGGAGAUGUGCAUUUCUAGUGUCAUCUGGGCAACAUAUAUUUGCUAGAUGUCUAUGCGAAGGAUGAGAUUUUUUCCUUUAAUUAAUACAUUAAUAUCUGGACUCAUGUUCGAAAUUGCAAGACUUUUCAAUUAUUAGUUUGGUUUGUAUUUUGAUUUGAGAAGCCCGCCUCAAAAAGGUAUAAAAUAGCAAAGGGUAUUAAUACAAGUAACUCUUUCCUGGCAAUUUGUGGGUUCACUUUUUUCGAUGUCACACUGAAACUAGCAAAUAAUUAGUUUUUAAUCCAGUCUUUAACGAAUUAUAUAAUUGGAAUUCAACCAGUAGUUCACUCUUUUCAACGUUUAGAUGCAUUUCUUGUUAAAUGGAUUUCAUAUCCACAUUAUAGAGUUGACUUUGUUUAUAGGGAGAUAUUCACCAAAUUACACUCAGUUUGGUUAGAUCUUUCUUUAAUAAACUGUUUCAAGGCAGAACAUGUAGUAUAUUCACCUUUUGCCGUGAUAGCCUUCCGCAAAUCGAGUUUGUUUUUUAAACCCUCCACUUUGUCUGACCGGUUUGAUGUUUGUGUUCUUUUCUUGCAAUUACUUACUUAGUAUGUUCAACUUUCACAAAUCUUCAAGAGAAAGUUCUUAUCAAUAAAUUUAUUUAUGGAGAUACACAACUGGGAGCAGUUUGUGCAAUUCUCAGUCGAUAGAGACAUCUAAGUACGAAAAAACAAAUGUAAAUACGAUUAAUUGUGGGGGUAAUGGCGUUUUUGACUUGCUAAUAAAUGUAAAUACACAGUGCAUAUGCGCAGAACGGUGGCAUUCUCAGAAUUGCAGCAGUGGAAUUUCAAGACAGUUCUUACUUAAAAAAACAUGCCUUGUAUAAUCUUUUCAUAACUUUAUCUAAUCACAAACGAGUAUCAACAAAAAAUGUUUUCACAACACUUGAACUUUCUCUUAUAGUAUACUCAUUGUGAUUAUCACAUGGUUAUACAAUUAAAAAAAGAACAAUUAUUGUUAGCUGGGGUUGUGUAGGAUAAUGUUUGGGGUUUGAGUUGGUCUAAGACUCAUCUAGCAUUUACAAGUCUGAAUCACUAUCACACAUUUCUCAGUUAUGAUAAAAAUUAGUUUAAAACAGAGUUCUUGUAAUUCAGGCAACUAAUAUAUAACAUUGAAGAAGAAUUUCAGGAAAUGUUCCUUACUCCAGAAUUACAAAGAUCUAUAUUUAUUUUUUAUGUUAGUUUAUUUUUUUAACAUUUUUAUAUAGACAUUUUUCGAUUUCUAGAUGCAUGUGAAAAGGUUGGAACAGACUAAACAAAUAGGGACAAACCGAUACCCUAUUUACUACUUAAUUUCUCAGUAAAAGAUUUAUUGUAUACUUUUGUGCAUUUAAGUGUUAAAGAUACCACUUUUGUUGUUCUGGGAGAAUGCCACUUUCUGUAGCUCUUUGUAUUUUAUGGUUAACUUAAAAAACAAAACCAAGAACACAAACUCACGAUGGAUAGCCGUAACUUUUGAACACUAGAAGUCAUGUGAAGGUAAAUUAAAUUGCUCACAUGUUUUAUAAUUUGUAAUUUUUCUUUAAUAAAAAAACCUUCUUGAAAGAGACCUUCUUCCAACAUAAUACUAUUAUAAACAUUCUGUAAAAUAAUAUCCAUGUGUAAUAUCCUACAGGUAUUGUACAAUCUGGUGUAAAGUUUACACUACAUGAGAAGUUACACAUUACCAAAUUGUUGAGUGUAUCUUAUUAUUAAGCAUUUAAAUUCAUGGUUUGUUUAUUUAAUCAAGGGAAUAUAUUUGUGAUAAAUGAACAACAUGCAAAGUGGAACUUGUUGUAUUACAUGCAAAGCCAGUAAUUGUUGUAUUCGUGGUUUUAUAUUUUGGCCAUAUUGCCAAGGUAGGUAGGGGUAGGAGAUGAAAAAAAAAACUAAACCAUUUGAAACAAGCCAGCAAGAGGCCCAACAGAAGGGAAGUUCAUAUGCAAAAAUAUAUAAGAAAUGAUAAAAUGAAUUCCAAAAUUACUAAAGGGUAAACACAUUAAAAAAUUCCAGAAAGUACAGCAUUCUAUUACGUGUGCAAUCAGUUGUUUUAGAACAAAGAUAUUUAUAGAUUUUUCCUAAUAUUUGCAUUAUUUUUUAUCAUGUGUAACAAUAAAAUUAACCUCGAACUUGUGCUUCUGGCUCUAGUUUGAGUUGGUCUAAGACUCUUCUAGCUCUUAGGUUUUUACAUCUAUUAUUUGGAUUUUAAAAUUCCGAAGAAAUUAUCUAUCCUUUAGUAACACGUAUGUUUCUCUGGAGAGUCAGAAAAUCUGACCCCUGUUUUUUAUGCACUGUCUCUCUUAAGAAAGGAGGCAAUAGUGGCCUGUUUGUAUAAUGUAAAUACAGCAAUCCCCGUGCAUGUGAUACCAUGAUAUAUCAUUGGUUUAAGAUUCACAUUUUAACAAUAAAUUGGUAUCAUAAUUUAGAAUUUAACGUUUUUCUAUUGCGAACAGGUACUCCCAAGCUAAAUAUCAAUAGAAAGUAAUUUUUCAUAGUUGUUAAAUUCUAAAUGGCUUGUCAGUUUUGUGAUUUAGUGACCAUAUUUUGAAAAUUUAAACUAUGAAAAUUAUAAUAGUUAAGUUUUACAACUAAUUAGAGAUUUUUACUGAUAGUGAUCAUAUUAUGGCACUUAUAUGUCUAUUUUUGAAGGGUUUAUUUAAAAAAUGGAAAAUAUGACAUAUUAAGUAAAUAAAAAGAUAAAGUGAUUUCUCUGUAUAAUAUAACUUAAUGAGGAUAAUUUACAUAAAAAUCACUUUAUCAACUAAAAACAUGGUCACUGUUAUGUUAAUCCUCAUAUAAAUCCUCCUUUCCCUUAAUAUAGAGUCUCAUUUGCCUUAUAAGAACUCUGGAUGGUGAACACAUUGUAGUUUUUUAACACUUAAACACAGAGAUUUCCUCUUAUACACUUUUUUUGUCAAUAAGAGUGGGUGAAAUUCUUGCCGCCCCCUGCACAACUUCCCAGGGAACGUCUUAUAGCAUAAUCCUACCUCUUCCUCUGAACAAAAAAUUGACUCAAUUCAUUACUUCCUUUUCCCUCUUCAACAGUUUCAACUGAAUAGUAUUGAAUUGAAUAGGCAAUUGUGUCUAGACUAAAUGUAGGUUAUUUUAAUUCAAUAAUUUCAUAUAAGUUUGAAAUUUGUCAACUUAAAUAGAUUUUUGUUUUGAUUAUCUUCCUUUUUAUCAAUAAAAUGACUGGAAUAUGUUAGCAUUCCUGUUAUCGUCUCUAUGGGUAGUUUUAUUUUUUAGUCCUACAAAUACAUUUUAUUGUAUACUCUAUUAAAAAAAAGUGAAUGUUGCUGUAGAUCAAUAUUUUAUGUAAAAAUUGUAAUUAAUUUUUAUUUGAGAUGACUUUAUUGCUAAUUUCUUUCUCAUUUGUUACACAAAAGGUUAUGGCAUAAUCAUUAAACAAAGUCAAAUUAAUGGUAUAAAAGUGUUCAUCACUAGUAAACACAGAGUUAUUUUAUUAAAGUGGUACAAUAAUUAACUAAGGUGAAAAGUAAUAAGUAAUGAAUUUUUAUAUUUGCUUUGUAUUUAGCCAGUUCACCUAAUUUGUCUUCCAGUAUAAAUUAAAUCACCACUUCAGUCUAAUAUGCUUGUAACUUCUAAAAAAUAUUCGGUAAAUUUGGUAAGUAAGCAGCGUUUCCAUAAAUCUGAUUAGUCAUAAUAUCGGCAUCCCUAAGAUGCACAACUCAGCUUUAUUUACAUAAUGUAUUUUGAGUUUAGUGAAAUGUUUCAAAAUAGUUUGAAUUUAAACUGAUUGUGAAAUGUAGGCUGUCACUGUAUCACCCACUCCCGCCUCUCCCAAAGAAUUUUGAUAACUUGUUCAGUGGGAAAGAGUUGAAACCUUUUUAUGAAAUAUGAGUAUCGAUUGUUGUAAUGUGUGUCAUCUAUGAAUAGAUGGGUCAUCAUCGUUGUUUCCUUCAUGGCAAUUUUUUAGAAACCUAAAACGCAUAAACCCUUGUGAGCAAUAAACAAUUGUCUCCAUAACAUUGUUACACAAUUAAAAUAGGUAUUAAUUUUUCAAAGGUAAAAAGCAGAAAGAUGAUUCUGGACGUAAAUAAAAUAUUUGCUUGGAAACAUAUUUUCAGAACAAAUUAAUCAUGUUCUUGGCAUAUACUUUCAAAUUCACAAUGGAAAAAUUAUUGUUUUAAUUCUAGUUUGUUUAGUACAAUUUGUAAUUGAUAUACAAUGUUUUUGGAUGAUCUAGAGCUACCGUAUCUUCGCUUCUAAAGGACACAACUACCACAGUAUUAGCUUACUGUGUCCAUUGACCAAAUCCAAUAGUGGCAUUCUGGUUAUUUUAGUCACGAUUUAUUUAAUAAUUUCAUCAUUGUGAGUGAAGUGUAUAUGACAGCCUAUUUCAUAUUCAGUCAAUAUUACCUCAUAAUGAAGCACUAAAUGGUACCAGGUGUAAGCCAAAUAAAGUAGUUAUGCUAGCCAUUCACAAUGAAAGAUGCUAACUUACCAAACAUGCCUUGUAGUUUGUUUUGUAUCCACACUGUAGUAACAGUAUUUCAUAAAAUAUUUUCUUAAAGCACAAGAUGUAAUCAGUUGAUACGGUAAUGCUUGUAAAUACAAGCUUUUAAAUUUUUAAAACUAAUAGAUCCUAGAUGGCCACAAAGUAUUUUUAGACUAUACCAAAAAGUCCUAGUGGUAGUGUGGAUUGUUUACUAGCUCUUGGGUCAGUUAAUUAAGCAAUUUGUUAAUUAGUUUUAAUGAAGAUAGUUUAAUGAGAAUCAAUAUUUAAUUGUAGAUAAAAGAAAUUAAAUCUGUUGUUGGUGUCUUUCUUA